AUGACCCUCGUUAUGCUGAACCUCAUAUACAGCGGCAAUCAGAUGAACGAAAAGGCUCAAUCAUCUAAUUCAAACCGGGCUGCAGCCACGGACCGGGUAGAUAAGAGGUGGCACGGACGGCCGACCGUAGAACUGUACAUCGUGAGAAUAUCACCGCCGUGCCGAGCAGUGUGGAUCUAUCUACUACAGCAUGGAAUCCCCCACACGCUGAUCGACGUAGACAUUUCGAAAGGGGAGACAACUCUUCCCGAGAUAGUGAAAAAACAGCCACACCACGAGGUUCCUAUUCUGGUUGAUUCGGAGAUCGUUGUGUUUGAUGGUCCGGCCAUCCUGCACUACCUGUGGUCCGAGUACACGCACUCGUCCGGGUGUGGUAUGUGUCUGACUGUCCGCGUUCUCAGUGACUCCAUCAUCAGCUGGGCGAACAGUGAGCUACACAGGGCCAUUGGUUUCUUUUACGUGUAUCCACAAUUCUUGGAAAAAUACAGCAUGCCUUCGCAAGAAUGUAACGAAAUUUUCAUCGAAAAAGGCCUGCAGUUCGUGACAAGACAACUGGAGAUCCUGGAAAAUAAAUACUUGAGCAAGAACAAAUACUUGACUGGUAACAGACACACGAUCGCCGACCUGUACGUGGCUACAAUUCUAGUUCAACUCGAGUGGCCCGGAUUUAAAUUCAAACUGUGGCCCAAGGUAGACAACUGGCUGUCACGUGUCAAGAAUGUGGAAUUCUGGGAAGAGGUUCAUGUUUCGCAUCAGGAGUUUGUGAGAGAGUUAGAGCGAAACCGUUAUCAGUUUGAUUAGACAGAAGCGGAUCUGGAGGGAGCAAGGGUCUUUCUCCCACUAAAUUUUGCGAUAUUUAUAAUUUUAUUAUAUAUUAAUUUUUAUUUUUGUAUGAUCCCCAUCCAAACCUCCCCCAA